AUGGCCAUGGGGAGUGUUGCAGUCACCAACACUCUGGGGAAAUUCAAUAAAGCAACAAUGGCCGCCCCCCACCGCUGGACUUCGCUCCUGAUCCUGGGCUGCUGCGUGGCCUUGCUCCUGCAGGUCUGCGCCCACACGGCCUCUCCGGAGCCCGUCUAUCCGGGGGACGACGCCUCCCCAGAACAGCUGGCCCAGUACGUGGCAGCCCUGCGCCGGUACAUCAACGUCGUCACCCGCUCCAGGUACGGGAAGCGCUCCAUGGGUCGGAAGUUCUACGAGGCCGUGGAGGACUUCGGCCAGUAG